CAUUGGACGCGCGCUGUCUAAUAAAGCUGAACUUAGACGCGCAGGUGUCAAACCGAAACUACCCGCAUGUAAAUAUUUUAUUGUUUUCAAGGCAAUGCAUACACAACGCAUUACAAACUAAGUGUGUCGGCAGUGAUGCCUCAAAUCACGUUAGGUGUGAUUAUACAGUUGACGCUCCUGCUGUCAGCUCUACCUGCGCAGUAUCUCAUCUCCAAAUGGACAAGCGGCACCGCGACACAACGACACAUCGCCACUCAGAGAAUCCUUGACACAUGGGACUCCAUAAGAACAUCCUACUUGAACACAGCUGCUUGGGUUGACUGGCUAAAUACCUGGAUUCCCAAACUACCGACCUUCGCUGAGGAAGAGGACGAGUAUCAAACUCUGGAAGAAGCGCUUGCAAUCGAGCUGAUGAUGCAUGAUAAUGAGCACGGGUACUUUGCAGUGUCAAAGGAGGUGCGAAGCCCCAGGCCGGCAUACGUGCUGCACCGUGUAGGUCAAGUUGUGAUGACACAGAAUAAUAUGGUGGGGGUGAUCAUAGGAUGGGACGCAGGACUCCGAGCCCCACCAGAGUGGAUCAAGAGAAAGAAAUACUCAGAGCUGGAGAGAGUCAAGGAUACUCCUCAUUACAGAAUAAUGUUCAGUGGACCCGAUUCCUCAUCAAUACUGAUUGGAUACAUUCCCCAGAAUAACAUCAAGCUAUUUCAAGGCUUUCAGCCAGACAUUCCUACUCUACAGCACUAUUUUUCACACUUUGAUGGGGAAAAGUUUGUUUUGGAGGAAUGGUUGCAAGAAAUCUACCCUCACGACUGAAGGAGUGAAAACCUGUGAGGUUUUAAAAACACUUUGAAAUGUUGAGAACACAGACAUUAUGUCUGCUACCCUUCAUUGACAGUAUUGAUUCUUUUAAAGCAAUUGAAAAACAAAGACAAAAUGAAGUAAGAAAAUGUGCGAGAUAUAUCUUGUUUAGU